UGUAGAUCUUGACCCACUACACACUGUUCAACCAUAUCGUAGUUCAGUCACCCCAAUAGUCUUCAUCUCUUCACGACUCCUCCUCUUUCAAAGCAAUAAAACACCGUCGAAAAUUUUGGGUGAUUUUCUGCCAUUAAAGAGAAAUCUUUUGUUCUUUCAAUGGCGUCAAACACUGAUGAUUUGGACGAGCUUUUAGACAGUGCUUUGGAUGAUUUUCAGAGCCUUAAUGUUACUUCAUCUCAAAGAAAUGAGGAGAAAGAGGAAAAAGAAGAGAAAUUGUCUUUGCCAAUAAAUGUACAAGGGUUAGGGUUAGGGUUGCCUGAUUUGAAAUCCAAAAAAAAGGGCAAACAAAAGGUUAAUAAUCCUAAUCCUAAGGAAUCUUAUGUUAAUGAGACUCUUGAUAAGCUUAGACAGCAGACAAGGGAGGCAGUUAAGAAUAUGGAAUCAAUUUCCGGGGCACCGAAAGCGGGUGAUGAUUUGGGUAAGGAUGCAAUGAUGGAGGAAUGGGUUAAGCAAUUUGAGGAGAUGGCUGGUUCUCAGGAUAUGGAGUCCAUUGUGGAGACAAUGAUGCAGCAGCUCUUGUCCAAGGAUAUCCUGUACGAGCCCAUGAGGGAAAUUGGAGAAAGAUAUCCAACAUGGUUGGAGGAGCAUAAAUCUACUUUGAGUGAAGAAGAUUAUAAUCGUUACUCUCACCAGUACAAGCUUAUACAGGAGCUGAAUGGAGUGUAUGACAGCGAACCUGGUAACUUCACCAAAAUUGUGGAGCUAAUGCAGAAAAUGCAAGAAUGUGGCCACCCACCAAAUGAUAUUGUGCAUGAGCUUGCUCCCGACUUUGAUCUAUCUACUCUUGGCCAACUAUCACCAGAAAUGCUGGAAGCUCAACAAAAUUGCAGUAUUAUGUGAAUGUGAGAUCAUACACAAUUGCUUUUUGUUUUGUAUUUCAGUUAUUUUCUUCCAAAUGUUUAUUGACAGUGUUGUGCCUGAAACAUUUAUUCUGUAACUAAGUUUCCUAUUAUUUGACAGAAAAUUUUCAUAUCCUGAUUCUUUUGACUAA